GCCUAACGCCACAAUCGAUAUCAGCAUAGCGCUGUCCAUCAAAGCGGGAUGGUUCUCUCAUUCAUAAUAGUCCAGAACCGACAGGGCAAAACACGCCUUGCAAAGUGGUAUGCGCCGUACAGUGAUGAGGAGAAAGUGAAGCUUAAGGGCGAGGUUCAUCGCCUAGUAGCACCAAGAGAUCAGAAGUAUCAAUCCAACUUUGUCGAGUUUAAACGGAGUACAAAGAUCGUCUACCGGAGAUAUGCUGGACUGUUCUUCUGCGCCUGUGUGGACGCUACCGAUAAUGAAUUAGCGUACCUCGAAGCUCUUCAUUUCUUUGUCGAGGUGUUGGAUCAGUUUUUUGGGAAUGUGUGCGAACUUGAUUUGGUGUUCAAUUUCUACAAGGUGUACGCGAUCCUAGACGAAGUGUUUUUGGCCGGUGAAAUUGAAGAGACGAGUAAGCAGGUUGUAUUGACAAGAUUGGAGCAUUUGGACAAGCUGGAGUGAGGGAGCUCUCGGUUUUGUUUUCUGGCGGUGGAUGGGAUCGAACCUGUUCUGGACAUUAUAGCAUUGAAUUGGUCACAGGAUGGCCAUACGGAGUUACGGGUUUGAAGGAUUAACAUAUAUCAGGGCGCUGUGCUUGAGACUAUUGCCAUCCAUGUUGGUAGAGGAUUCUAUGAUGACUUUGUUUAUUUAAUUCCAGCGACAAUACCCUAUGGAAA